AUGAGAGGUCUCCCGAGAUCUGCCCGUGUGCUUUUUCAGCACAUCGCACUGCCUUUACCUUGCCCUUUGUCUAUGCUUCAGCUCUGUUGCGUCCUCUGCACACAACUGCGUCCCCAUACUCGUGUUGCCCACCUCUGUUAUGAGAAGACAGAUGAUGUUUCAGAGAAGACUUCACUGGCUGACCAGGAGGAAAUACGGACUAUAUUCAUCAACCAGCCCCAGCUGACAAAAUUCUGCAAUAACCAAGUCAGCACUGCGAAAUACAACAUAAUCACCUUCCUUCCAAGAUUUCUCUACUCUCAGUUCAGAAGAGCUGCUAACUCAUUUUUUCUCUUUAUUGCACUGCUGCAGCAAAUACCUGAUGUAUCACCAACAGGUCGCUACACAACACUGGUUCCUCUCUUAUUUAUCUUAGCUGUGGCAGCUAUCAAAGAGAUAAUAGAAGAUAUUAAACGACAUAAAGCUGAUAAUGCAGUGAACAAGAAACAGACACAAGUUUUGAGAAAUGGUGCUUGGGAAAUUGUGCACUGGGAAAAGGUGGCAGUAGGGGAAAUAGUGAAAGUGACCAAUGGGGAACAUCUCCCAGCAGAUCUCAUCAGCCUGUCCUCAAGUGAGCCCCAGGCCAUGUGCUACAUUGAAACAUCCAACUUAGAUGGUGAAACAAACCUGAAAAUUAGGCAGGGCUUACCAGCAACAUCAGAUAUAAAAGACAUUGACAGUUUGAUGAGAAUUUCUGGCAGAAUCGAGUGUGAAAGUCCAAACAGACAUCUGUACGAUUUUGUUGGAAACAUAAGGCUUGAUGGACAUAGCACUGUCCCCCUGGGAGCAGAUCAGAUUCUUCUUCGAGGCGCCCAGUUGAGAAACACACAGUGGGUUCAUGGAAUAGUUGUCUACACCGGACAUGAUACCAAGCUGAUGCAGAAUUCAACAAGUCCACCACUUAAACUCUCAAAUGUGGAACGGAUUACAAAUGUACAAAUUUUGAUUUUAUUUUGUAUCUUAAUUGCCAUGUCUCUUAUCUGUUCUGUGGGUUCAGCCAUUUGGAAUCGGAGGCAUUCUGGAAAGCACUGGUAUCUCAAUCUAAACUAUGGUGGUGCUAAUAAUUUUGGACUGAAUUUCUUGACCUUCAUCAUCCUUUUCAACAAUCUCAUUCCUAUCAGCUUGUUGGUGACAUUAGAAGUGGUGAAAUUUACCCAGGCGUACUUCAUAAAUUGGGAUCUCGACAUGCACUAUGAACCCACAGACACUGCUGCGAUGGCUCGAACAUCUAAUCUGAACGAGGAACUUGGCCAGGUCAAAUACAUAUUUUCUGAUAAGACAGGCACUCUGACCUGCAAUGUGAUGCAGUUUAAGAAGUGUACCAUAGCUGGAGUUGCAUAUGGCCAUGUCCCUGAACCUGAGGAUUAUGGCUGCUCUCCUGAUGAAUGGCAGAGCUCACAGUUUGGAGACGAAAAAACAUUUAGUGAUUCAUCAUUGUUGGAAAACCUCCAAAAUAAUCAUCCAACUGCACCUAUAAUAUGUGAAUUUCUUACAAUGAUGGCUGUUUGUCACACAGCAGUGCCAGAGCGAGAAGGCGAUAAGAUUAUUUAUCAAGCAGCAUCUCCAGAUGAGGGAGCACUGGUCAGAGCAGCGAAACAACUGAAUUUUGUUUUCACUGGAAGAACACCUGACUCAGUGAUUAUAGAUUCCUUGGGGCAAGAAGAAAGAUACGAAUUGCUCAAUGUUCUGGAAUUCACCAGCGCUAGAAAAAGAAUGUCGGUGAUUGUUCGCACUCCAUCCGGGAAGUUACGACUUUACUGCAAAGGAGCUGACACUGUAAUUUAUGAUCGACUGGCAGAGACUUCAAAAUACAAAGAAAUUACCCUAAAACAUUUAGAGCAGUUUGCUACAGAAGGAUUACGAACUUUAUGUUUUGCCGUGGCUGAGAUCUCAGAGAGCGACUUUCAGGAGUGGCGAGCCGUCUAUCAGCGUGCAUCCACAUCCGUGCAGAACAGACUGCUCAAACUCGAAGAGAGUUAUGAGUUAAUUGAAAAGAAUCUUCAGCUACUUGGAGCUACAGCCAUUGAGGAUAAAUUACAAGAUCAAGUGCCUGAAACCAUAGAAACUCUCAUGAAAGCAGACAUCAAGAUCUGGAUCCUUACAGGGGACAAACAAGAAACUGCCAUUAACAUUGGACACUCCUGCAAACUUUUGAGGAAGAACAUGGGAAUGAUUGUUAUAAAUGAAGGCUCUCUUGAUGCAACAAGGGAAACUCUCAGUCGCCACUGCACUACCCUUGGUGAUGCUCUUCGAAAAGAGAAUGAUUUUGCUCUUAUAAUUGAUGGGAAAACCCUCAAGUAUGCCUUAACUUUUGGAGUAAGACAGUAUUUCCUGGACUUGGCUUUGUCAUGCAAAGCUGUUAUUUGCUGCAGGGUUUCUCCUCUUCAAAAAUCUGAAGUUGUUGAGAUGGUUAAGAAACAAGUCAAAGUCAUAACGCUUGCAAUUGGGGAUGGAGCGAAUGACGUCAGCAUGAUACAGACGGCCCAUGUCGGGGUUGGGAUCAGUGGCAACGAGGGCCUUCAGGCCGCGAACUCCUCGGAUUACUCCAUAGCUCAGUUCAAGUAUUUGAAGAAUUUGUUGAUGGUUCACGGUGCCUGGAACUAUAACAGAGUCUCCAAGUGCAUCCUGUACUGCUUCUACAAGAACAUAGUCCUCUAUAUUAUUGAGAUCUGGUUUGCCUUUGUUAAUGGCUUCUCUGGACAGAUCCUGUUUGAGAGAUGGUGUAUAGGUCUUUACAAUGUGAUGUUUACAGCAAUGCCUCCCUUAACGCUUGGAAUAUUUGAGAGAUCAUGCAGAAAAGAGAAUAUGUUAAAGUAUCCUGAAUUAUACAAAACGUCUCAGAACGCACUGGACUUCAACACCAAGGUUUUCUGGGUUCAUUGUUUAAAUGGCCUCUUCCACUCAGUUAUUCUGUUUUGGUUUCCACUAAAAGCCCUUCAGUAUGGUACCGUAUUUGGAAAUGGGAAAACCUCUGAUUAUCUGCUGUUGGGAAACUUUGUUUACACGUUUGUGGUGAUAACCGUGUGUUUGAAAGCUGGAUUGGAGACCUCAUAUUGGACAUGGUUCAGCCAUAUUGCGAUUUGGGGCAGCAUCGUACUCUGGGUGGUGUUUUUUGGAAUCUACUCAUCUCUGUGGCCUGCUGUUCCGAUGGCCCCUGAUAUGUCAGGAGAGGCUGCCAUGUUGUUUAGCUCCGGAGUCUUUUGGAUGGGCCUGUUGUUUAUCCCUGUGGCGUCUCUGCUUCUUGAUGUGGCCUACAAGGUUAUCAAGAGAACUGCUUUUAAAACAUUGGUAGAUGAAGUUCAGGAGCUGGAGGCAAAAUCUCAAGACCCAGGGGCAGUUGUGCUUGGAAAGAGCCUCACGGAGAGGGCGCAACUGCUCAAGAACGUCUUUAAGAAGAACCACGUGAACUUGUACCGAUCUGAAUCGCUGCAACAAAACCUGCUCCAUGGGUAUGCUUUCUCACAAGAUGAGAACGGGAUCGUCUCACAAUCUGAAGUGAUUAGAGCAUAUGACACCACAAAGCAGAGACCCGAUGAAUGGUGA